AUGAGGAAUAGAAAUUCAUAUUAGGAUCAACAAAAGCAGUAUUUCUCCAGAUCUACUAUUAACUAAUUAAAGCCUCAGAUUGACCAAAUCUUUGAUAUCAAUCUUAGAGAACCGCCGAUAUUAAAAAAGUAAUCAAAAAUCCAGACCAAAAUUUUUAAAAUGACCGAUUAAGAUAAGAAGAAAAUAGACUACUUAAUUUCUUUAGGAUAAUAAGAUAAUAUUUAUGAAAUCAAAAAUCCAUUAUACAAUUUCAUUUAUAAUGUCAAAUUCCCAGAUUAUUUGAUCAGGAAAUGGAGCAUAAGAAGAAUAAGCUUUAACAAAGAUAAAUUGAUAGUGGAUGUUUUUCAAGGACAAUAUAUGCAAAAUCAUAAAGAUAUUAACACAAAAUAUGAAUAGUUUUUAUACCCUGCAAUAAUUGGAACUCAAAAGUGAUUGCAUUAUAAUUUUAGGUUAGAGCAAGAUCAAUUACACUUGAAUAGUAUCAUAAAUGGAUUCAUGGUUGAAGGGAAAGCUUAGAAAUAAUUAAAUGUAAAUUUAAAUUGAAUUUAAGUAUCCCCUGAGAGAUAAACACGCUGAUUUAUACCUUUGGAGUGGCUUAUUAUUUUUAUUGAAGUUUAUGUAUAGAUUUUAUCAGCUAGAGUCUAAAUGA